AAUCGUCAAAGCCGAACUCAAGGACGUGUCAGUGUAACCGAGACCAGCCGCCGGUGAGGGAGGGAUGAGAGCUAUUCCCGUGGGAUGGUCACGUGUCCGUGGGGAGUAGUUGUGUGUGGAGCCCGUGGAAUAGGAGGUGUAGCGUCAAGCGCUCGUUCAGACUUGAUUCUUACAGUAAGGAAGCUGUCAACACAGAACCGACUGUAUUCGCGCGUGUUUGGUGCUUUGUUCAAAGCGAAUGAAAAUGCACAUGAGGACUGAGGAUCUGGCGAUCGGUUUCCAUAAACUUCUGCGCGCAUCUCAGUCGCAGUAAACACACUCGGCGCGCUUAGUGUUGUAAUAUCAACGCUACUGUUUACUACUGCAACAAGACCUGCGAAAUACCAAAGACUGUCACUGCAAACCGAGGUGACUGACCAGCUUCUGUGGGAUUUGAUGUCACCUUUAGAUCGGUUCAACUGAAGAUGGAAACACUGGAGUCCGAGCUGACGUGUCCAAUCUGCCUGGAAUUGUUUGAGGACCCCCUCCUGCUGCCCUGUGCCCACAGCCUGUGCUUCAACUGUGCCCACCGCAUCCUGGUCUCGCACUGCUCCAGCACCAAGCCUCUCGAGUCCAUCUCCGCCUUCCAGUGCCCCACCUGCCGCUACGUCAUCACGCUCAACCAGCGCGGCCUGGAGGGCCUAAAGCGCAAUGUGACGCUGCAGAACAUCAUCGACCGCUUCCAGAAGGCCUCCGUCAGUGGGCCCAACUCCCCCAACGAGUGUCGCCGGCCGCGACCCUACAGCGCCCUGCUUGGCGGGAGCACGAGGGGCAGCCCCGCCAGUAGCGCCAUGUCCCUCGAGCGUGUCGGCUGCCAGUUCUGCGAUCAGGAGCCCCCGCGAGAGGCCGUCAAGACAUGCGUGACGUGCGAGGUGUCGUACUGCGACCGCUGCCUGCGGGCCACGCACCCCAAUAAGAAGCCCUUCACCAGCCAUCGUCUGGUGGAGCCGGUGGCGGACGCUCAGCUGCGUGGGCUGGCCUGCCUGGAGCACGAGAACGAGAAGGUCAGCAUGUACUGCGUGGUGGACGACCAGCUGAUCUGCGCUCUCUGCAAGCUGGUGGGACGGCACCGUGAGCAUCAGGUCACCUCACUUAGCGAUCGCUUCGACAAGCUCAAGGCUUUUCAAGUGAGCCCUGCCAGAGUUUCUGAAGCGGUUAUGGAGGCAUCAAAGACAAGUGCCGCGCAAACCUUGGAGAAUAACUUAACCAAUCUGGUGAAGAGGAACAGUGAGCUGGAGAACCAGAUGGCCAAACUCAUCCAGAUUUGUCAACAGGUGGAGGUGAACACAGCCAUGCAUGAAGCCAAGCUGGUGGAGGAGUGUGAUGAAUUGGUGGAGAUAAUUCGCCAGAGGAAACAGGUCAUCGCCGUCAAGAUCAAAGAGUCCAAGGUGAUGAAGUUGAGGAAGCUAGCCCAGCAGAUUGCGAACUGCAGACAGUGUCUGGAGCGCUCGAGUGCCCUCAUCACACAGGCUGAGCACAGUCUGAAGGAGAACGACCACGCCCGCUUCCUCCAGACGGCCAGGAAUGUGGCAGAGAGAGUUGCCAUGGCCACCGCCUCCUCCCAGGUCCUCAUCCCAGACGUCAAUCUGAACCAGGCUUUUGACAAUUUUGCCCUUGAUUUCUCCAGAGAAAAGAAAAUUCUGGAAGGACUGGAUUAUUUGACAGCGCCCAACCCUCCAUCUAUACGUGAGGAGCUCUGCACGGCCUCGCAUGACACCAUAACAGUGCACUGGACCUCUGAAGAUGAAUUCAGCGUCACCUCCUAUGAGCUUCAGUACACCAUCUACACUGGCCAGACCAACUUCAUCAGUCUGUAUAACUCUGUAGAUAGUUGGAUGAUUGUGCCCAAUAUCAAGCAGAAUCACUACACAGUCCACGGCCUGCAGAGCGGCACCCGUUACAUCUUUUUCGUCAAGGCUAUCAACCAGGCAGGCAGCAGAAACAGCGAACCUGCUCGACUCAAAACCAACAGUCAGCCUUUCAAACUGGACCCCAAAACGGCCCAUAAGAAGCUGCGCCUCUCCAAUGACUGUCUGACCAUGGAGAAGGAUGAAAGCUCCCUGAAGAAGAGUCACACUCCGGAGCGCUUUAGCGGAACCGGGUCCUACGGUGCCGCUGGCAACGUCUUCAUCGACAGUGGCUGCCAUUAUUGGGAGGUUUUACUGGGCGCCUCCACAUGGUACGCUCUUGGAGUGGCUUACAAGUCAGCACCCAAAAACGAAUGGAGCGGCAAAAACUCAUCGUCUUGGGUUUUCACACGCUGCAACAACAACUUCCUGGUGCGGCACAACAACAAGGAGUCGAUCGUGGAGGCGUCGCUACAGCUGCGCAGGGUCGGGGUGCUGCUGGACUACGACAACAACGCCCUGUCCUUCUACGACGCCAUGAACUCACAGCACAUAUACACUUUUGACGUUUCCUUCCUGCUUCCAGUGGCUCCCACCUUCAUGAUCUGGAACAAGUCAUUGAUGAUCAUGUCAGGGCUGCCCGUGCCUGACUUUGUGGACUGCAGUGAGCAGCAAGAAGGCAUCUGCCGCCAACCGGAUUCCCCCUACGUGUCCGGAGUGAAGAGCUGCCACUGAGGCAUCAUAGGAGUUAUUCCAGAAGGUUCCCUCACCCUUCUUCUUUUCCUGGUUUUCAUAACUAGGUUGAAGUUGGAUCUUUAGUUGUUCCUGAUUGUUCUGUUCACAUUAAUGAGCGUUAAGCAAGUGGGUUAUGAGCUCUCAGAUUUAAACAGCUGGGGGAAAUUGUAAAUUAUUUAUAACUAAACAUCGGUUUGCUUUUUUUGUCAGUUUUGAUGUAUUCCUAAAAGCACUUUUUAGAGUUGAAUUUGUCGCCCCUGCGUGUAAAAAAGUCUUGCUAACUUGAGACAGGGUUGGACUUCCUUUUGGACCGAAUAUAGUGGAUUAUGUUAGGAUGACAAUUUGGUAUUCCUAAUAAGGGUUACAUUAAUUAUCUGAUGGGUCUAUAACACACUUUUCAUAUUCAGGGAGAAAAGAUGAUGCUUUGGUUUAAAAUGUGUCUGAAGAUGAUGGCAUGAUAUGUAUUUCCUCUGUGAUUUGUUCUCACUAUCUCAGUUUCUGGUUUUGUUUUUGUGAACAGCAUGAGGCACAAGUUCUCCAGGUGUUUUUAACAUGUAUCUUUAAUAAUUGAUAUACAAUGUGUCGCAAAAUCCCAUCUGUGGAGGUGUUUGUCCAUUGACAUUGUCGCAUUCAAACGCCGCCAAGAACUGAAUUUCAAGACUAUAGUCCAUAUUUAUCAGAUCCAUCUAUUCGAAAAUAUUUGAAAGAUUGGAAGCAAAUAUUUAGUUUAACAUUCAAAUGUGUGUAGAUUUAUUUUCUUAAUGGCUGUUCUGAAUAUUACAUGAUCUUCCGCAGUGUGACGUUCAGGGCUGUAACAAGGAUUCCCAGUCUUGGGAUAAAGACAAUCACUUGUGCUAAUGCAGGCAAAAAAAUCAAGUGUGUAGCAAUUAAUCUUUGCAAUAGCUUGAGAUACUGUACUUCCCCAAAAAAGUGGUUUGUAUCCAAACAGUUCAGUGUAAAUAUCCAGAUUGGGAAGUAUUCGUACUGCUGACGCCACUGUCCUGCUGCAGGUUUUGCUUUGUGUCGGUGGGUUUCCUCUUUGCUCUGCUGAAUGUACGUGAUUGCUUUGGUUCUUUUUAUAUCUUUCUGAAUGAAAGCACAGAGCAUUUUACCAUUACAUCUUCUUUGCAAGCACAGCAAGUAUGUGAAUCCUCCUGUUACAUCUUGAGAGCUAAACAUCCUUAUAAAUAUAGAAAAAGGAUGCACUGAUAGCAUUGUUAUUUGCAUUGGAUAAGGACGUGAAAUGACAUUUAUCCAACGCACUCCUGUUGCAAUUCGUAGCUAUUUUACAUUUUGGCGAAUUGGUGGCGAAUUCAUAUGAAUUUGUACAAUCUCUUGUGUAUGUUUUCUUGCAAUCUGCUUACUCCCCGUUGGUGGGUAGGUUAGGACCUUUAGUCUUACAGACUCACCACUUCGUAAAAUAGUUUCUCAUGAGAUCAGGUUGCGUUUACCUCACUUCAUACAGUUUUCCCAGCAUCCUUCAUCUCAGCAUCGGU